GCGUUACGCGUGUACGCUCGCAUGAUGAAUCAACUAAAACGGUUCGCCAAUUUGGGUGCCGUUGGCGGUGGGUUGCUGGCCGCAGCGGGGGCGAUCGGAAUCGGACUUUCACAGUGCUUUUACACAAUCGAAUCGGGGGUGUUCAAGAUGAAAUAUAUCCCGAAGGACUGCAUUUCCGGUACAUUAGUUUUUUUGCUUUUAUUCUGCAGGGUUCCAUGGUUUCAAUAUCCUAUAAUAUAUGACAUCCGUUCAAAGCCGCGAAAAAUCACUUCACCGACCGGGAGUAAAGAUUUGCAAACGGUCAACCUUACGUUGCGCGUUCUCUCUCGGCCAGAGGUUGCCAACCUACCGAAGAUUUACCGCACUUUAGGUCCGGAUUAUGAUGAACGUGUUUUACCUUCGAUCGCCAAUGAAGUACUCAAGGCCGUCGUUGCCAAAUUCAAUGCGAGUCAGUUGAUUACGCAGCGUCAACAAGUGUCUUUAUUGAUCCGAAAGCAACUUGUGGAACGUGCUCGCGAUUUUCACAUUGUCGUGGAUGAUGUUUCAAUCACUGAUCUAACAUUCUCUCAGGUUUACUCGGCUGCUGUCGAGGCGAAACAGAUUGCGCUCCAAGAAGCACAACGCGCUCAGUUCCUCGUCGAACGGGCGAAGCAAGAACGGCAGCAGAAAAUCGUCACCGCUGACGGAGAAGCGCAAGCAGCCAAACUAAUAGGAGAUGCACUUGCAGCUAAUCCGGGAUAUCUAAAACUGCGAAAAAUCAAAGCAGCCACGCAAAUUGCUCGUACCAUUGCACAAUCGCAAAAUAAAGCCUAUGUGAGCGCUGGAUCACUUCUGUUGAAUGUUGCUGACCCUCACUUCGACGCUGGUCUCGAGGUUUUGAGAAAGAAGCAUUGA